GCUUCUGCCAGCGGCAUCGACAUAGUCAUCUGCGAGCUCAGCCAGCAAUCAGUUGGGCGCUGGAAUCGAACGUGUGCAGUUUGGAUUUUUCGAUUUGGCCAAAAACCAAAUAGAAACAAGAGCGAAAGACUAGUCCUAAACAAGAAGGCUACCAGCAAGUUAAGCUACAAGACCAGUUGCUAAAACAAAAGUCAUUAUAAUUGUGCCCCACAAAAAAUUCCGAAAAACAACAACAUAAAAAUGUUGCCAUCCGUUUGCAAAUAAAAACUGAGAAACGUAAACAGAACCGAAGCAAAACCGAGCCAAGCGAAAGGAAGACAUCAUAUUGAAUUUAUGGUGUAGGUGCAGCGACAUGUCCUCAAGGAUUGGGGGAUUCCAAUAACGGCAUAUCGGUAUAACGGUAGAACGGUGUAUCAGUGUGUACGUGUGUGUCCGUGUAGAGUGUCCUUGUUCGAAGGGUGUGACACGAAACAGUUUGGUUGCGUCGGCGCCGACACCGAUUUGCACGUGCCUUUCGUUUUGGUUUCCUUUCCUUUCCCACGUCCUCACAGAGUGUCCUUUUAUUAUUGUCUUACCUGGCCACAAUUACCGUUAUCGCUUGCCCCCUGUUCGAUGGAUGCGGAGGCCAAAUUGCUUUUGCCCCCGCACAGUUCCGGCCAAGUCCAUGGAGGCUUCAGCUCCCCGGUGUCGUCGUAAUAUUGCGCAUGAUAAUUGAAUUUUUGUUUCUGGCCGCCGCCAUAAUUGGAAUUUCGUUAUUCGAGUUCAAUGAACUGUGAGCGGAAAAAUUUGAAAUCAAAUGAAAUGUAACCGAAGGAAAAAUAACUCUCAACAAUAAAAAACAAGCAUAAAGUAAUAACAAAAUGGACAACACAACGCUGGCAACCUCUGAGCUACUGGCCACCAUGGCCACCUACGACGACAACUUCACGUCCUUCUUCUCCGAAGAGGAGCGUCAGGCCAUCGAGGGCACCCUUAUCUGGCUGGUGCCGUUCUUCUUUGGAAUUAUCGCCUUGACAGGAUUCUUCGGCAACCUACUGGUCAUCCUGGUGGUGGUCUUCAACAAGAACAUGCGCUCCACCACCAACCUGAUGAUCGUUAACCUGGCGGUGGCCGAUCUGCUGUUCGUCAUCUUCUGCAUUCCCUUCACCGCCACCGACUACGUGACCAAGGUCUGGCCCUUUGGCCUGUUCUGGUGCCGCAGUGUCCAGUACCUGAUCGUGGUGACGGCCUUUGCCUCGAUCUACACCUUGGUGCUGAUGUCCAUCGACCGGUUUCUGGCAGUGGUCCAUCCCAUUCGAUCGCGGAUGAUGCGGACGGAGAACAUCACCAUGAUCGCCAUCGUGACCCUUUGGGCGGUCAUACUGGUCGUCUCGACACCAGUGGGCUUCGUCAACGACAUGGUGGUAUCGUAUGACAACAAGACGAAUAUCACCUAUGUCCUGUGCACCUUCGAUGCAGGCAACGAGCUGCUUAGCCCACGCUCCUUCCAGAUAUCCUUCUUCGUCAGCUCCUACCUGCUGCCGCUGAUGAUCAUCAGUGGGCUGUACGUUCGUAUGAUAAUGCGCCUGUGGCACCAGGGCAGCGGGGUUCGCAUGUCCAAGGAGUCGCAGCGAGGUCGCAAGCGGGUCACCCGCCUGGUCGUCGUAGUGGUCAUCGCCUUUGCCUCUCUUUGGCUUCCAGUUCAGUUGAUUUUACUGCUGAAGGCACUUAAUCUGUACCAGGCCGAUACCCUGUUCAAAGUCAUCCUGCAAAUCAGUGCCCAGACCCUGGCCUACAGCAGUUCCUGCAUCAAUCCGCUUCUCUACGCCUUCCUCUCCGACAAUUUCCGGAAGGCCUUCUACAAGGCCAUUAACUGUUCGUCACGAUAUCAGAACUACACAUCUGAUUUGCCGCCUCCACGCAAGACGUCCUGCGCCAGGACCUCCACCACAGGACUCUAAGGAUAAAUCGAAGGCAGAGGAUUGCGAUUGACCGAUAGGUGACCACAGGAAUAGCCUUCAUCAUCUCCGCUGAAUCUCCCUCGGCAGGAUCCAGUGCAUGUAUCUGGACAAAGGACCAAAAAGGACCAAUCUUACAUCACAGCUGAAGAAUGAAGCUUAACCCUUCGAAUUUCUAAACUUAAAUACUUAAUACUUUUGUAUAUAGCAAUUAAAUUAAAUGUAUGUGUAUAAAUUAAGUGCAACGCGAUUCUCUGUACUCGAAUCGGAAAAUGAGUAUUACGACAUAAAUAA